AUGUGGCAGUUGAACUCCACUAUAGGAGCAGCAGGCCAGUGGCAGCCAGAGGGCCGAGCUCUUAAAAUUGUUUGCAACUACGGAAACGGCUUCCUUCCAAUUCAGUGGUCUGCAGACGACUCACAUGUUGCAAUUGGAUGCACGACUCGGCUUUUUGUGUGGAAGCCCACGGCACGCAAAAAGGAGUUCGAGAAGCUACAAGUGCAAGGUCUUCACCGCGGUAAGGCGGUCAUUGCCUGCCUUGCUUGGUCACCAGACUCCAGUCGUAUUGCCUUCGGCUUGGAUGGUGCAGUGGGCGUUUGGCAGCGGAAAAGCAACGAAAAGCUGAGGGAGCUCCGAGGCCACGAUGAUUUCGUUUGCAGCCUGGCCUGGUCUCCUGAUGGCCAACUCCUCGCAAGUGCCAGCCGGGACAGCAUCAGAGUCUGGAGUUGGAACAUGACUGGUGGCAGCUUCCAGCAGCAGGCUUGGUUCCAGGUCACACAAUGCUCGAACUCAAGCGGCUACAGAAUUUCGCGGUGUGAUUCAAGCCCCAAAAUCUCCUGGGCCGGUGACAGCAGCUACCUCGUGACUUCAGCCUGCGACACUGCUCUGCGGUUUCAUGAUGCAAGGGCUGGCUUCCGGGUGGAGUUCAGGCUGCCGAUGGAAGGGGAAGUUCAGGAUGUGGAAUGGUCUCCUGAUUUGUCUAAGCUGCAUGUCAUAUUACAAGGCAGCCGCAGCUAUAAAUUCAAAUCGUUCUCUUUGCCUCCCAGCGGCUCUAUUCUCGCAGCCUUGGGGUUUCACUUCCCGACGGCUGCGCCCGGGGAUUGGACGACCCAGCUGUGCUCCUCACCGCAGGUGCGCUGCAGCAAAACCCCCGGCCGGUAUGACCUCCACCUCUCGCUGAGCGCUGCACAGCUCGAGUGGGAUUCGCUGGUUUGUGGUGUUAGCAGCCGGCGUGUCGGUGCGGAUUGGGUUUACAUCAAGAGCCUGGAGAUCCACAACUGGUCUGCAGCUUUGGAAGUGCUUGGACUGCCCCAGUCUUGCACAAGGCUUUGCGAGCUGCUCUCCGAGUUCAUGCAUUUGGAGACACUUCUCCUGCAGGGGCCUUUGGUGCGUGGGUUUUGGAUGUGUGGGCUCUUGACUCCUACGUUAAAGCAGCUCACCAUCGCCAACGCUGCGCAGAUGCAGAUCCCAGCAGCUGGACUCCAGAUACUCCUCGAGGCGGACUUGCCGAUUGACCAGGAGAAGCUGGCCCUCUGUCUUGAAAUCGUCAGCUUGCCGAGCUUGGAGGGUGCUGUUGCGGAGGGCAUUCGCUUGCAAGCAUUCUUGAAGGACAGAAACGCCUCCACUGCUGGUGCAACGCUUUUGCUCGACCACUCCCGCGUCUGCCACCCUGGCUACUUGGCACUCGCAGGCUGUAGGCAUUUGAGGUGCCCCAAGGGCCAUUUCAACGUCAACUUCUCCGUGAGCCAUCUCUUUGACUGCACGAGGUCUGUGCCUCUCUCCACUGGCGAUGUCAAACUGCCUGUGCCAGGCCUCAGGCUGGACACCGCACCUGUGAAGGACCAUGAUGGCUAUUGGCGAGAUGAAGCCCAUCCGGGAGUCCCGCUGAAGUGUGCCGUGGGCAGACAGCAGAGUGGCUGCAUGAGCGCUUCGCCAGGCCACAUUUGCCGAGAGGGACAUUCAGGCCCGAAGUGCCGCCAAUGUGCCGUGUCAUACUUCAACCGAGGAGGAUUGUGCCUUCCGUGCACCACCAAUCAGUUGAGGAGCGCGGCAUUUGGCCUUGCAUGGGGCUGGGGUGGAGUUGGCCUGCUCAUACUUGCGGUGAUGACAGCAGCCGCACUUCUACUUCUGCUGCACUGUCGCAAGAAGAGGAGCACAUCAGCGAUUCGCAGAGACCUUGUGGAGCCGCCAUCUGUGUGGAAUGCCGUGCAGCCCUACGUCAUUCGCGAGGUCUUGGCCGCGGUCCAGGUCUACCAGCUCUUUGGGGUUCUGAACAAGAUUCUCCCGGAGCCCGAGACGCGCAGCGAAUACUCAUUGCUGGAAGUGCUUCAGCUUGACCUAGGGCCAGUGAUCACAGAUUCCAUCCACCUGGACUGCAUCUUCAGCUACACAAGCAGUCGCAUGGUUCAGCUGCUCGGCCAUUCCUUGCUUCCCUUCUUCGUGUUGCUGACGGUCUAUGGCCUUCUGGCUGCUCUGCCUUUGGCAGUCCAAGAGCGGAGCAGGAUCUGGGCCCAGGUUCAACUUCAGGUCAUCAAACUCCUCAUGGUUGCUACUGCUAGUGCUCUCUUGGCUGUAGGUGAGUGCGAUUCAGAUCUGAACCCACCUAUUAUGGCGUUUGUGCCUGAAGUUCGCUGCGACAGUCGCAUGUAUUACAUGGCAGUACUAUUUGCGUUGGCACUUGGCGGGGGCUACCUCACGUACAUCUCUGUUCUACUUCUGGAGAGCAUUGCACAUUUCAAUAAUCUGGCUAGCCCUAUAUACGGGGCCAACAGUGCCGAGUAUGCGGUUGCAGAGGGAACGAUGGCUUUGGAGAUUAAGCUGUUGGAAGAGGUCAAAGCAUCAGAAAGCUUGCGGUCAGCAAUUCUGGAUGCUCAUCAAGUCUUUUGCCAGCAAGCCAUUCAGCGGGAUUAUCCACAGCAUGAUGUGACGUCACAACCAGAGCUUCCAGAUGCCAAAGCCACGAGACUUAUUGUCAUCAAUGAGGAGUUGGCAUCCAAAGACAAAGCGGAAUUGUCAGACCGGCUAUUUGGGCGAAGGGCACAUGCGCGAUCAGCCAGCAACUUCCAAGCUUUGAUAGUGCGCUGCCUGUUCUUCCAAUUUGCUCGCGAAGGGCGAGAAGGGUAUUUGCGAGGAGUCGAUGUCUUCACCAAAUUUGCUCCCGACAGCUUUCACUUCGAGUUGUUCCUGAAGAUCGGGUUCCUGCUCGUGGCCUUUGUCCCGCAGCUCACGGGGCACCAGGCACAAGGAGCAGUCGGCAGCUUCGUUUGCAGCAUCCUGUGCAUAGGGCUGUUGGCACAGCCCUUCAGCCGUCCUGCUGAAGGGAGAACGUUGCUCGUUGGCCUGGCUUCCUUGUCGUUGGCGUUCAUGUUGUUGAUGAUCUCUGGAUCCCACUUCAACGUUCAGGAUGAUCAACACUUGGGCACACUCCUGAACAUCGCCCGCGCCUUUCAGAUCAUCCCCCUGCUACGCGUGUUGUUUCCGAUCUCUUGCGUGCUUGUGCCAGAGAUGCGCAGAAGGAACGAGGACAUCACGCAGGAGCUGGCUUUGCUCCAGGUCUCCUGGCAGCACAUCGCCUACAGCAACCGCCAGCCAUACCGGCUCCUCCACGGAGCUCAGCUCAAGGAUGGAACAAAGCCGGAUUCCGAAGGGCUGCCAGUGCACGCAGGUGCCGUGGCGCUUCCACUCCGCCGCGGGGAGGGGAACAUGGAAGUGGAGAUAAAGCACGCCCAGAGAAUCUGGCGGGGCUACUUGAGUAGAGAAUUGCUGGCACCGCUGGUCGUGCCAGUGGCGAAUCUCAGAGACUCUGUUGUAUCCUGGUCCUUGGAAGUGCACACCGAGAAACAAGGGCAGCCUGACCAGCAGGAUGCGCUGCUCCAGAUCUUUGUGCGGUUCAAAACUCCCGUAUGCCUCAGUGCCGUUGAGCUCCUUCCUCCUGGUGAUGUUGGAUCAGAGGAGCUUAACCUUGAAGCAGUUGCGUCAAGUGAUGCCAGCGAUAUAACUCCAGCUCAGCUUGCUGGCAAACCGACAGAAGCGCUGACAGCCCCACAGGGCACAAGCAGAAAUCCCAGGCGUCUUCUCCAGUACCACCUGCAUCAAUCUGCGGUCACCUGCCUUCUGAUACUCAGAGGCGCUUCAGACACGCGGGUGAUUCUGGAGGCCGAACCGCUUUCUGCCGUUCAUGAAUGGAAGCUGACAUUGUACGGAGAUGCAUCCUGA